AUGUCACAAGAUACCACGAUGGCACCGACUGUUUCCAAUGACGAUUUUGUCCAUGACAUUGUUCCAAACUAUAAUUCGCCGUUAGAACUGAACAUACGCGCUUACAUUGACACUAUUCCUACCGCAUUGCCAUCACCAACCGUACAGGACCCAUUGUACGGCCGUAUUUCACCAUUAUUAUCACCUUCUCAAGAAAACUCCCUCUCUAUCCAUGGUUUUCUGGAUGAACUCAAUCAAGCUCCUGAUGACGAACUCCUUGCCGAACCCAAUCAACCAACUGUAUCCAAAACAUGCUCGCGCCUGGUACUAUUUCGCUCGUAUAUAUCACACUGUCUGGUGUUACAAUCGAGCGCCAACAUCUCUGAGAGAAAACCGCUGACAAAAAAAUUGAGCUCAGAAUUAGAUAAGAAAUACGCAAAGAUGCGCCAGCUCGCCUUCAAGGCACAACAGCAGGCCGAAGCUCUUGAAAGGCGCGAUCUAAAAGCACGAAGUGAGUACUGGUCUGGCCGUGCCUGUGGCGGUCUACGAGAUUGGGAGACAGCCGUGAAACACUUUGCGGUUGCCAUUAAGCUCGAUGUGCGGAAUCCUACCGAUAAGCACAUCGAACCAUUCCGUGAAGGACUACUGCCAGAUGAAAAGAACGACGUGGACUUCCUGCUUCAGUACGUAACCCAACGCCGCGAUGAAUGGGCCCAAAGAAAAGACAAAGAAGAAAAGCGCAUGCAUCUACAGGGCUUUUACAUCGAAGACAUAGAUUGGGAAGCAUUGAAAGAUCCCCAUUGGACGCCGCAUCGAGAUUUCAUGAUGUAUUCUGCAAAACAACAACACAGUGGAGUUUCUGGAAAGCCCGUGAACCAUGUCAACAGCAGCGCAGACCAGUGGCGACCAGUUCUCCAUGACAUUGAGAUUCGCGUCGUCAACCAGAAGCUGGCUGUACAGGACGACAAGCAAUAUUUCCGCCACACACUAACCGCAGAGGAGUGGAAAUAUAUACUCCGCGGCGAUGAAAAUACCAAAAAGAACUUGCUAAGAGUUCAGGGGAUGCGCAAAGGGAAGAUAGAACAUAAGAGAGAGAUCAGCUUUCUCCCGUCCCCUCGGAGUAUCCCGUCGACACACUCGUCGCCCAAAAUGGCACGGGAUUUGUGCAGCGAACUGGAACAGGCUGGGUUCAAUAGCGAUGAGGAAGAAGAUAUGUAUGGUGAUGAUGAUGAGGAGGAGGAUGAGGAUGAGGAAGAUUUAGGUAGUGAAAUGGAUGAGUCCUAG